AGUGUACACACACACACACAUACACACACACACACACACACACACACACACACACACACACACACACACACACACACACACACACACACACACACACACACGGGGAAUGUUCAGAAGAAGACAACCAGGGCCUCCAAACGACUUGGCAAAGUGAAUACGGUAACCAAUCUGGUAAACAAGGACCAAGUAAGUAGUUUGUUCUCCUUUCCAACUGCUCAGUACGACUGAGUCCUGACGGACAGUACGUAGGUUAUAUCUUCUAACGUUUUACUGAGCUGCAGCUACUGUGGGCUUUGUAUCGGUCCCGGCGGUCCAGAAUCGUAGAUCCACCGACGCCGGAGACCAGGCUACAGGCCGACGACCCGGGGGGCUCCCGGUGUCCGGAUCGCUGCAGGCGAAUGUGUAUGCUGACAACGGAAGUACGGUAGACCUACGAGCAGGCUACAGCACAGAUAUCUACUGACGUGAUCCGGUAUCCGCGCAUCCUAGGCCCCUGUCGAUUGUCAGGAAUUAUUUGUACAGAUCGUGCAAGACAGAGCUAGAGGCCGGCUGGACGAGCAGAGGGACGUGGCCGGAAAAUCAGCUUGACAGUUACAGCUACACAUGCAGCCGGCACUGGCUCGUCAAGCAAUAGUUCUGCUCUAUCGGUGUGUUAUGCUGAGUGGUGCUGGGCAGUAGCUGCUACAGUCUGCCGUCAGUAGUACUGUGUUACGACCACUGAGUAUUCUAGUGUGUGCAUGGCUACUGUGCAGGCUACUGUGCAGGCUAUGUCCAGAGCUGGUGACAUUGCCCCAGUCCUGUGCAGCACCUCCAAUGGUUCGGAUAGCAGUUCAACUGAUAACAAUGGCACAGUGAGUGUGGAGAGUGGCCAGGGCCACGCUUGUAACAAUGGAACUGAAGUAGCUUCUGGGGCUGCUGUGGAUAAGCAACGGCAGCUCUGGUUAAGUCCAGUGCCACAGUGGAACACAGCCAAGGACGUAUGGGGAGUUGCAUGGCCGCUUCAUACAUACAUCUACGCCACAGUGUUCCUGGGCCUGUUUGUGAUCAGUGUUAUCAUGCUGUGGAAAGCAGUUGCGAGGAGAAAGGCCUCGAAGCGGCAGCCAACGGGAAAGCUGAACGGUCGCUCCAGCGGUCUAUUGCCGCCACCGGUUUUGACCCUGCUCACCUUGGCAACACUGCUACGCGCCGUUCUGUUGUAUGUUGAUCCGUACAACUCUCAGAAGCGAUUCCCGACUGUGGCUGCACGCACUCUCGGCAAUUUGCCAUUCACAUGCAUGAUUGCAGCGUAUCAGUUACUGUUUCUGGCCUUGCGUAGCUCGCUGAAGAUCAAACUUGGCUCACUCCACUGGCUGCAGAACCGUGUUCGCAUCUUCCUGGUGGUAGCCAGCUUUAUGGCGUUCAACACACUGGUGGAUAUCAUACUCGUUCUGGCAGUGAAGUCUCGAACCUUGCUGCUCAUCUGUAUGCUUGCCAAUGUUGCUUGGUUGUCCGUGAUCUCUGUUGAGUAUCUGGUAAUCAUGUUCCGUCUGUAUCGGCGUAUCCACCAGACGCCAAUGGCAUCUCCGUUACGCGGCGAUAUGGCAGAUGGCGACGAGUACUUGCUCAAGCAGAGGGGUAAUUCGGUUUCAUUCGCUCCAGAACCCGCCACCAGCGGCAGACGGUCCCUGAGUGAAGAAGUAGGCAGGGAACGCAGCCCGUCGAAGCUAAGCACUCUUGGCCGUCGUUUUACACAGUCCUCACUGGUCAAUAAAGAGGACGGCGGUGGCAAGGCCAAUCGACCUCAGUUUCAGAAACGGGUCAUUAACAUGCUGCUGUGCCUGCUGCUUUCCUCAUCCGUGUAUCUAGCCUUUCUCUUCUACUAUAUGCUUGGUGUGGCCGACGCAAUCAACUUCACUGAGCUUAUUGAUCCAUGGACCUGGUUUUCGGUGGCCACAUGCCAUCGCCUGUCUGAAGUGGCAGCCGUGUCCGUCAUCCUAGUGACUAUGAGCCUUGCCAGUGGCCAGAAGCAGCGUAGCUCUGUCUCGUCACGCUCAGACUCGUGGCAGUUGAACUCAAUCUCGCUUACUACAAGCCAGAGUCGUGCCGUGUUUGUAACCGUAGAUGCCGCAUCUGCUGCCGCCGCUGGCAAUGCAACUAAGCUCAGCCAGUCGUUGAAAUCUCCAGUAGCAGCAGUGCCAAUGCCCGCCAUCCUUCAGCCCGAAUACACACCGGCAACAGGCCCAUCCUGGAUGAUGUUUGAGUCUGCACUCUGAUCAGGACAUCACUAGGUAAGACACAUACCUGUGUGUGUUGCUGCUAUACCCUCUUGAACAAACCUACUACAGGUCCACCCUCGUUAGUAGAUAAUCUCUGGGCCAUCGAAAAAGUUAUCUUAUAACAAGACUUAUCUUGUAGCAGGACUUGCAGCUAAAGGUGGAAUAGGCACUACUUCGUACUUACCGAGGCUACCCUCGGUACAACAUAAAUUAUCGAUGCUUCAACUCAUUAUAAGAUAUUUGAAAAUCUCCAACAUAACUCUUCCUUGGAUGCAAAGGAUCGUCCAUAUUCACGAAUACCUUGACAUAAUACGUGUCCUCGUUCUGCUUUA